AUGUCAAAGACAGACUUUCUCUCAACUCUGAACAACACUACCCCGCAAAUCCAAUUCUUACAGUCCCUCGUCCGCACCCCCUCCCCAAACCCCCCCGGCGACACCACCGCCGCAACAAGAAUCAUAACAGACUACCUCCAUUCCCAAAAUAUCCCAUACGACCUCAUCUCCCCAGACCCUUCCAAACCAAACAUCGUCUCGGAAUUCAACGGCACUGCUCCCAAUCCCGGCGAUGACCCCAGCCCCAGAAUCGUCCUCAACGGCCACAUCGACACAUUCCCCGUCGACCCAAACACCCCAGGCUGGAGCCGAGAUCCCUACUCCGGCGACUAUGACAACGGCCGCAUCCACGGGCGCGGCGUCGUCGAUAUGAAAUCCGGCACUGCCUCGCUGGUCCUCGCAUACGCAGCGCUUUACGCGAACCGCCAGCAUUUAUCCGGUAGUGUUGCGCUGUGUGUUGUCUCAGAUGAGGAGACGGGGGGUAAGUAUGGUACGAAGCAUCUGCUUCAAGAAGAUAAGGAGAGAUGGGGUGGGGAUGUGAUGCUCUCUGCGGAACCGUCUGGUAUGAGCGUGCGGUUUUCUGAGAAGGGGACGUUGAGGAUGUCCGGUGUUGUUGCUUGUAAGGGGGCGCAUGGGGCGUAUUUGAAUUUGAGCGAAGGAGCUAUACGGAUAGCUAUGGCUUUUCUGAAUGACGUUGUUCAAACAGUCGAGUCUAUACAGCCGAAUCCACCGUCUGAUAUCGCGAAAUACAUGACGGAUCCGGAGGUCCUGGCUGCGGUGGAUGUGGCCAUGGGGCCAGGUACUUCGCGUAUAAUCGGCAAGCCAACUGUCAAUAUCGGGACUAUCAAGGGUGGCGUCAAGGUUAACAUGAUCCCGGACCACUGCGAGUUCGAGCUCGAUAUACGGUUGCCUGUUGGAUUACUCGCUGAAGAGGUUCUCGAUGUCAUUAACGAGAUCAUCGCAGACGAGAAAUAUGCCAGUGCAAGUAUUGAAUUGAGGAAACAGGAAGCUGCCAGUAACCCAGCCAGUUUCUCGACUAUUGAUCACCCUGUUAUCGACCUGAUUAAGAAGAAUGCGGAGGAUGUGGGCGGAUCGAGACCAGCUAUGAUUCCGUCUAUGGGGGCUACGGAUUGUAAGCAUUAUCGGUAUGCUGGGAUUCCGGCGUAUGUUUAUGGGUGUAGUCCGCUGAGUAUGGCGUCUGUGAACGAGUCAGCCUCCGUGGAUGAGUCUAUCCAUGUUACCAAGGUGCAUGCACUGACGGUGUGGGAUCUACUGGCAGGUUAA